AUGAGAGAACAUCAAUUCAAAUCCUGGAUUUUCAAAUUUAGAGAGAUAUUGAGAGAGAUCAAGAAUUCUCACCAUUUCUUAGUCUGGACCCAAUUCAAUUCAGUGGGAUCCCUCAUUCACAUUUUUUUCCACCAAGAACGUUUUUUAAAACUCUUUGACCCCCGAAUUUGGAGUAUCCUACUUUCACGCAAUUCACAGGGUUCAACAAGCAAUCGAUAUUUCACGAUCAAGGGUGUAAUACUCUUUGUAGUAGCGGUCCUUAUAUAUCGUAUUAAUAAUCGAAAUGUGGUCGAAAGAAAAAAUCUCUAUUUGAUAGGGCUUCUUCCUAUACCUAUGAAUUCCAUUGGACCCAGAAAUGAUACAUUGGAAGAAUCCGUUGGGUCUUCCAAUAUCAAUAGGUUGAUUGUUUCGCUCCUGUAUCUUCCCAAAGGAAAAAAGAUCUCUGAGAGUUGUUUCCUGAAUCCGAAAGAGAGUACUUGGGUUCUCCCAAUAACUAAAAAGUUUAGCAUGCCUGAAUCUAACUGGGAUUCGCGUUGGUGGAGGAACUGGAUCGGAAAAAAGAGGGAUUCUAGUUGUAAGAUAUCUAAUGAAACCGUCGCUGGAAUUGAGAUCUUAUUCAAAGAGAAAGAUCUCAAAUAUCUGGAGUUUCUUUUUGUAUAUUAUAUGGAUUAUUCGAUCCGCAAGGACCAUGAUUGGGAAUUGUUUGAUCGUCUUUCUCUGAGGAAGAGUCAAAAUAGAAUCAACUUGAAUUCGGGACCGCUAUUCGAAAUCUUAGUGAAACACUGGAUUUCUUAUCUCAUGUCUGCUUUUCGUGAAAAAAUACCAAUUGAAGUGGAGGGUUUCUUCAAACAACAAGGGGCUGGGUCAACUAUUUAAUCAAAUGAUAUUGAGCAUGUUUCCCAUCUCUUCUCGAGAAACAAGUGGGCUAUUUCUUUGCAAAACUGUGCUCAAUUUCAUAUGUGGCAAUUCCGCCAAGAUCUCUUCGUUAGUUGGGGGAAGAAUCCGCCCGAAUCGGAUUUUUUGAGGAACGUAUCGAGAGAGAAUUGGAUUUGGUUAGACAAUGUGUGGUUGGUAAACAAGGAUCGAUUUUUUAGCAAGGUACAGAAUGUAUCGUCAAAUAUUCAAUAUGAUUCCACAAGAUCUAGUUUCGUUCAAGUAACGGAUUCUAGCCAACUGAAAGGAUCUUCUGAUCAAUCCAGAGAUCAUUUGGAUUCCAUUAGUAAUGAGGAUUCGGAAUAUCACACAUUGAUUAAUCAAAGAGAGAUUCAACAACGAAAAGAAAGAUCGAUUCUUUGGGAUCCUUCCUUUCUUCAAACGGAACGAAAAGAGAUAGAAUCAGGCCGAUUCCCGAAAUGCCUUUCUGGAUAUUCCUCAAUGUCCCGGCUAUUCACGGAACGUGAGAAGCAGAUGAUUAAUCAUCUGUUUCCGGAAGAAAUCGAAGAAUUUCUUGGGAAUCCUACAAGAUCCGUUCGUUCUUUUUUCUCUGAUAGAUGGUCAGAACUUCAUCUGGGUUCGAAUCCUACUGAGAGGUCCACUAGAGAUCAGAAAUUGUUGAAGAAACAACAAGACCUUUCUUUUGUCCCUUCCAGGCGAUCGAAAAAUAAAGAAAUGGUUAAUAUAUUCAAGAUAAUUACGUAUUUACAAAAUACCGUCUCAAUUCAUCCUAUUUCAUCAGAUCUGGGAUGUGAUAUGGUUCAGAAGGAUGAACCGGAUAUGGACAGUUCCAAUAAGAUUUCAUUCUUGAACAAAAAUCCAUUUUUUGAUUUAUUUCAUCUAUUCCAUGACCGGAACAGGGGAGGAUACACGUUACACUACGAUUUUGAAUCAGAAGAGAGAUUUCAAGAAAUGGCAGAUCUAUUCACUCUAUCAAUAACCGAGCCGGAUCUGGUGUAUCAUAAGGGAUUUGCCUUUUCUAUUGAUUCCUGCGGAUUGGAUCAAAAACAAUUCUUGAAUGAGGCCAGGGAUGAAUCGAAAAAGAAAUCUUUAUUGGUUCUACCUCCUAUUUUUUAUGAAGAGAAUGAAUCUUUUUCUCGAAGGAUCAGAAAAAAAUGGGUCCGGAUCUCCUGCGGGAAUGAUUUGGAAGAUCCAAAACCAAAAAUAGUGGUAUUUGCUAGCAACAACAUAAUGGAGGCAGUCACUCAAUAUAGAUUGAUCCGAAAUCUGAUUCAAAUCCAAUAUAGUACCUAUGGGUACAUAAGAAAUGUAUUGAAUCGAUUCUUUUUAAUGAAUAGAUCUGAUCGCAACUUCGAAUAUGGAAUUCAAAGGGAUCAAAUAGGAAAGGAUACUCUGAAUCAUAGAACUAUAAUGAAAUAUACGAUCAACCAAUAUUUAUCGAAUUUGAAAAAGAGUCAGAAGAAAUGGUUCGAGCCUCUUAUUUUGAUUUCUCGAACCGAGAGAUCCAUGAAUCGGGAUCCUGAUGCAUAUAGAUACAAAUGGUCCAAUGGGAGCAAAAAUUUCCAGGAACAUUUGGAACAGUCCAUUUCGGAGCAGAAGAGCCGUUUUCAAGUAGUGUUCGAUCGAUUACGUAUUAAUCAAUAUUCGAUUGAUUGGUCUGAGGUUAUCGAUAAAAAAUAUUUGUCUAAGCUACUUCGUUUCUUUUUGUCCAAGUCACCUCUUUUUUUGUUCAAGUUGCUUUUAUUUUUGUCUUACGCACUUCCUUUUUUCUGUGUGAGUUUCGGAAAUAUCCCCAUUACUAGGUCCGAGAUCUACAUCUAUGAAUUGAAAGGUCCGAAUGAUCAACUCUGCAAUCAGUUGUUAGAAUCAAUAGGUCUUCAAGUUGUUCAUUUCCAAAAAUUGAAACCCUUCUUAUUGGACGAUCAUGAUACUUCCCAAAAAUCGAAAUUCUUGAUCAAUGGAGGAACAAUAUCACCAUUUUUGUUCAAUAAGAUACCAAAGUGGAUGAUUGACUCAUUCCAUACUAGAAAUAAUCGCAGGAAAUCCUUUGAUAACCCGGAUUCCUAUUUCUCAAUGAUAUUCCACAAUCAAGACAAUUGGCUGGAUCUCGUGAAACCAUUUCAUAGAAGUUCAUUGAUAUCUUCUUUUUAUAAAGCAAAUCGACUUCGAUUCUUGAAUAAUCCCCAGCACUUCUGCUUCUAUUGGAACACAAGAUUCCCCUUUUCUGUGGAAAAGGCCCGUAUCAAUAAUUCUGAUUUUACGUAUGGACAAUUCCUCAAUAUCUUGUUCAUUCACAACAAAAUAUUUUCUUUGUGCGUCGAAAAAAAACAUGCUUUUUGGGGGAGAGAUACUAUUUCACCAAUCGAGUCACAGGUAUCUAACAUAUUCAUACCUAACGAUUUUCCACAAAGUGGUGACGAAACGUAUAACUUGUACAAAUCUUUCCAUUUUCCAAGUCGAUCCUAUCCAUUCGUUUGUAGAGCUAUUUACUCGAUCGCAGACAUUUUUGGAACACCUCUAACAGAGGGGCAAAUAGUCAAUUUUGAAAGAACUUAUUGUCAACCUCUUUCAGAUAUGAAUCUAUCUGAUUCAGAAGGGAAGAACUUGCAUCAGUAUCUUAAUUUCAAUUCAAACAUGGGUUUGAUUCACACUCCAUGUUCUGAGAAAGAUUUAUCAUCCGAAAAGAGGAAAAAAUGGAGUCUUUGUCUAAAGAAAUGCGUUGAGAAAGGGCAGAUGUAUAGAACCUUUCAACGAGAUAGUGCUUUUUCAACUCUCUCAAAAUGGAAUCUAUUCUACUCAAAAUGGAAUCUAUUCCAAACAUAUAUGCCAUGGUUCCUUACUUCGACAGGGUACAAAUAUCUAAAUUUGAUAUUUUUAGAUACUUUUUCAGACCUAUUGCCAAUACUAAGUAGCGGUCAAAAAUUUGUAUCCACUUUUCCUGAUAUUAUGCAUGGAUCAGGUAUAUCAUGGCGAAUUCUUCAGAAAAAAUUGUGUCUUCCACAAUGAAAUCUGAUAAGUGAGAUCUCGAGUAAGUGUUUACAUAAUCUUCUUCUGUCCGAAGAAAUGAUUCAUCGAAAUAAUGAGUCACCAUUGAUAUCGACACAUCUGAGAUCGCCAAAUGCUCGGGAGUUCCUCUAUUCAAUCCUUUUCCUUCUUCUUGUUGCUGGAUAUCUCAUUCGUACACAUCUUCUCUUUGUUUCCCGGGCCUCUAGUGAGUUACAGACAGAGUUCGAAAGGGUCAAAUCUUUGAUGAUUCCAUCAUCUAUGAUUGAGUAGCGAAAACUUCUGGAUACGUAUCCUACAUCUGAACCGAAUUCUUUCUGGUUAAAGAAUCUCUUUCUAGUUGCUCUGGAACAAUUAGGAGAUUCUCUAGAAGAAAUAUGGGGUUCUACUUCUGGCGGCAACAUGCUUGGUCCCGCUUAUGGGGUCAAAUCAAUACGUUCUAAGAAGAAAGAUUGGAAUAUCAAUCUCAUCGAGAUCAUCGAUCUCAUACCAAAUCCCAUCAAUCGAAUCACUUUUUUGAGAAAUACGAGACAUCUAAGUCAUACAAGUAAAGAGAUAUAUUCAUUGAUAAGAAAAAGAAAAAAGGUGAACGGGGAUUGGAUUGAUGAGAAAAUAGAAUCCUGGGUCGCGAACAGUGAUUCGAUUCAUGAUGAAGAAAGAGAAUUCUUGGUUCAGUUCUCCACCUUAACGACAGAAAAUAGGAUUGAUCAAAUUCUAUUGAGUCUGACUCAUAGUGAUCAUUUAUCAAAGAAUGACUUUGGUUAUCAAAUGAUUGAACAACCGGGAGCAAUUUACUUACGAUACUUAGUUGACAUUCAUAAAAAGCAUCUAAUGAAUUAUGAGUUCAAUCCAUCCUGUUUAGCAGGCAAACUGUUUGAUUCUGAUAUGUAG